AAAGAAAAAAAAAAGAAGAAAAGCGAUUUUGCCUGUGGAACUCUCCAAAGACUCGCGCAAAGAAGAGAACCGGAAGAGAGAAAGGGGAAGCUAGAAAGAAAUGUCUCAGAUUCCAAACUUGGAGAAUGCCCCAAUCAAUCUCACUUCUAUUCGAGCUCGAGCUCAGACGGAGCUGGAAAGUAUCUUUAAACAUGUUCGAGGAGACAAAUGUUUGGUGAUUGAUCCGAAGCUUAGUGGGUCUCUGUCACUUCUGGUCCAAAGCUCGGAACUGAAGAAACAUGGUGCUGAAUUGAGGCAUCUAACAGCGGAGCCAAUUCAAACUGAGCGCACCAAAGUGGUGUACCUUGUUCGAGCUCAGCUUGACUUGAUGAAAUCCAUUUGCUCUCACAUUCAUAAUGAUACAUCAAAAGGGCUUCAUAGGGAGUACUUCCUCUACUUUGUUCCUCGCCGGCUGGUUGCAUGUGAGAAGGUACUUCAGGAGGAAAAAGUUCAUGAAAUGUUGAACAUUGGGGAAUUUCCAUUGUACAUGAUUCCACUGGACGAGGACUUAAUAUCAUUCGAGCUUGAUCUAGCUCAGAAAGAAUAUUUGGUGGAUGGAGAUGCUACCUCUCUCUGGCAUAUUGCAAAAGGCAUUCACAAUCUGGAGUUUUCUUUUGGAGUAAUACCAAAUGUUAGGGCCAAGGGCAAAGCAGCUACACGUGUUGCUGACAUUUUAAAUAGGAUGCAAGCUGAAGAGCCUGUUAGCAGAUCAGAUGUCGGCAUUCCAGAAAUAAACACUCUUGUACUUCUGGAUAGAGAGGUCGAUAUGGUCACUCCAAUGUGUACCCAAUUAACAUAUGAGGGAUUGCUAGACGAGUUUCUUGGUGUCAAUAAUGGAGUUGUGGAACUUGAUGGAUCCAUCAUGGGAGUUCAACAAGAAGGGAAGAAGAUGAAGAUUCCACUUAAUUCAAGUGACAAAUUAUUCAAGGAGACACGAGAUCUAAAUUUUGAAGUUGUUGUCCAGGUUCUUCGUCAAAAAGCGACAUCCAUGAAGCAAGACUACACAGAAAUUUCCACUACCACUCAGACAGUCUCUGACUUGAAGGACUUCGUGAAGAAGCUUAAUUCAUUGCCGGAGAUGACUCGGCACAUAAAUCUUGCUCAACAUUUGUCAACACUAACGUCAAAACCAUCCUUUCCUGCGAGACUUGAUAUGGAACAAACACUACUGGAAGCCCAGAGCUAUGAAAUGAGAGAGCUUCUUCACAGCUAUGGUUUCGAGCAUAUUGCUACACUUGAUAACUUGGAAAAAGCUGGACUUUUUAGGAAGCAGGACUCCAAAAGCAACUGGCUGACCAUCAAACGUGCUUUGCAACUGUUAGUUGAGGAUACCGACACAGCUAAUCCAAAGGAUAUUUCCUAUGUCUUCUCUGGAUAUGCACCUCUCAGUGUUCGACUAGUUCAGCAGGCAAUACGAUCAGGAUGGCGCCCUGUUGAAGAAAUACUGAGGCUGCUGCCUGGGCCCCACUCGGAAAUCAAGAGAGGUGGAUUUUCUAGCAUCCCAUCUUAUGACACUCUGCCGGGAUCUCUAAACAGUUUGGAAAAACAUGCGGAUGGAAGGCGUGCAUUGGUCCUUGUAAUUUUUAUUGGAGGAGUUACAUUUGCUGAGAUCUCUGCUCUCCGUUUUCUCAGUUCUCAGGAAGGAAUGGCAUACGAAUUGAUCAUUGGAACAACAAAAAUUGUAAAUGGGCAGAGCUUGAUCGAAACCUUUGUAGACAGGUUGGGUUGACUUUGUGCAGUUCUUGUUUCGGCAGCUAUCGUUUUUUAGUACUGUUUGAUGAUGUUGAGGUUCUUCUGUUGGUAUGCAAGUUCUUUGUCUUUUAAGUGAACUUUAAGUGCACGUGUGAUACAUGAUUAAUACUAUUUUGUGAUUUAAAAUUAUGUAUUUAUAUGGUUUAUUCAAUUUUUCGGAUUAUUAUUCUUAAUGAAAGAAUGAAGUAC